GUUUUUACUUACGAGAAAGUUUGUUUGUAUCAAAAUUAAAUUAAAUUCUUGUUCUUUUGUAUUGCAAAAUUGUCAAUGGAGGACCCGAACUCAACAUUGUUGCCCUACAUUUUGGAGAGGCUAAGCCAGAAACCGGAGCUAUGUGACACUUUCGACCACAUCUGCAGAGAAAUUGAGGAGCAACUAAUUGCAGACAAUAAUACCCGUUAUGGAAAUGUUAGCAGCGCUUUGCAGCGCGCUCUUAUGAUUGGCCAAUCUCUAGGCAUUAUAACUUUGACUAAUGAAACUAUACGUAUGCCUUUUAAUUUUCGUGCAAACGCCGCAAAAAAAGAAAAAAAUGCCACAAUGGCAAAUCACCAAGUUCAGCAACUCGGAACUGGAAAUCCCAUAGCUCAGAUCACAAAUGCUAAGAAUAUCAUACGGUCAAAGAAGCCAAAUCGUAAGCUGCCUAACGACUUUGACACUCCUCCUGGGAAUCCUGACUUUACGCUUGGACCACCGCGGCGGUCUAGGAAAGUGCGGGGGCGUCCAAGAGGACCCAGUUGCGCCAGACAAAGUGCAGGUGGGCGAAAUUAUUCACUAAGUAGAUCUGGACGUGGGUAUAAACGUCCCCGCAGUGGUUUUGGUGGGCAAGAUUAAUAUGACGCUAGAUUGUAGUAUCAAACAUGAUUUUGCGUU